UUUGAUCCUCCAAAUCCCUGUCGUUUUCUCCCUGAAGACUCAUUGAUUCCUCUGUCGUAUAUCCAUUGGUAGCAAACUUGCAACACCCGACAUAAACUGAAUAUACACUGUGGUCGCUUAUGCCUCCACGACCUUGGUUUCCAGAUCAGAUCAGCUUCUGAAAUCCCAAUACUACAAGAAACCCAUCACCUAAAUUUCAGAUCUUCCCAAACCCUCUUUUGUCCAAUUGUCGUUCAGAUGAACCUGUCCAUCAUACGUGUACAGAUUGCCCCAAAUCUCUUCCAUCUUUAAAACCCAGCUCCUGGAUUGGCCAGACACUUCACUCUUCUUUCACCCCCUUUUGUUUCUCCCACUUCUAGUAACCUCUCAUGGCUCUUUCAUCUCCUUCCCUCUUCUUCUUCUUUUUCUUCCUCCUUGUCCUCUGCUCUGUCCCUGCAGCUCUCUCAGCUGACCAAUCCGACGACCCUCCCCGGACUUUCAUCGUCCACGUGUCGAAAUCCUCCAAGCCUGCCCUGUUCUCCUCCCACCGCCGCUGGUACACCUCCAUCCUCCUCUCCCUCCCUCCCUCCCCUCACCCCACCAAGCUCCUCUACACCUAUUCACGCGCCCUCCAUGGCUUCUCCGCCACGCUCUCCCCCGCCCAAGCUCACGCGCUCCACUCCCACCCCGCGAUUCUCUCCGUCGUCCCCGACAUGCCCCGCCACCUCCACACCACGCGUACCUACGACUUCAUGGGCCUCGCCGAUAACUUCGGCAUCUGGUCCAACUCCGACUACGCGGAUGACGUCAUCAUCGGAGUCCUCGACACCGGGAUUUGGCCCGAGCGCCCGAGUUUCUCGGACACUGGCCUGGGCCCCGUCCCGAAAUCAUGGAAAGGCAAAUGCGUCACCUCCGGCGACUUUCCGGCGUCCGCUUGCAACCGGAAGAUCGUCGGAGCUAGGGCUUAUUUCAGCGGCUAUGAAUCCAACCUCGGAAAACCAAUGAACGAGUCCAACGAAGCCAGAUCGCCGAGAGACACAGCAGGCCACGGCACCCACACGGCCUCCACCGCCGGCGGCUCUAGGGUUUCCAACGCCAGCUUCUACGGGUACGCUUCCGGCGAGGCCAGAGGCAUGGCCAGCAAAGCCAGAAUCGCGGCCUAUAAAAUCUGCUGGACUUUCGGCUGCUUCGACUCCGAUAUUCUCGCCGCCAUGGACCAGGCCAUCGCCGACGGAGUCCACAUCAUCUCGCUCUCCGUCGGCGCAAGCGGCGGCGCUCCGCCGUACGACAUCGACUCCAUCGCCAUUGGAGGCUUCGGCGCGGCGCAGCACGGCGUUCUUCUCUCGGCCUCCGCCGGAAACUCAGGUCCCGGAAAGUUCACCGCCACCAACAUCGCUCCAUGGAUCCUCACAGUCGGAGCUUCCACUCUCGACAGGGAGUUCCCGGCCGACGUUGUCUUAGGCGACGGCAGAGUCUUCAACGGCGUGUCGUUGUACUCCGGCGAGGAGCUAACGGACGACAAGCUCCCAUUAGUCUACGGCGGAGACUGCGGCAGCAGGUUAUGCUACUCCGGAGCUCUGCAGCCGUCGAAAGUACAAGGCAAGAUCGUCGUGUGUGACAGGGGAGGUAACGCCAGAGUCGCCAAAGGAAGCGCCGUGAAGCUCGCCGGUGGAAUCGGGAUGAUAAUGGCAAACACUGAAGAGAGCGGUGAGGAGCUUCUUGCUGACUCUCACCUUAUUCCAGCAACAAUGGUGGGUCAAAUGGCUGCUGAUCAGAUAAGGAGUUACAUCAAAGUUGGGGAACAUCCGACGGCCACGAUCAAAUUCCGGGGAACUGUGAUCGGGACUUCUCCACCGUCGCCAAAAGUAGCAUCGUUUUCGAGCAUGGGUCCGAAUUCGCUGACUCCGGAGAUACUGAAACCCGAUGUGAUUGCUCCGGGAGUGAACAUUCUAGCUGCUUGGACUGGUGCUUCUUCGCCUACUGAUUUGGACAUUGAUCCGAGACGAGUUGAGUUCAAUAUCAUUUCGGGCACAUCAAUGUCCUGCCCGCAUGUUAGCGGCAUUGCCGCUCUGCUGCGAAAAGCCUAUCCAAAAUGGUCACCUGCUGCUAUUAAGUCUGCAUUGGUGACAACAGCUUAUACUGUGGACAAUUCAGGGAGCAAAAUUAAGGAUCUUGCGAAUGGGGGAGACUCGACGCCUUUUGUUCAUGGAGCUGGGCAUGUUGAUCCUAACAGGGCACUUAAUCCCGGGUUGGUGUAUGAUAUCGAUGUGAAAGACUAUGUUGCAUUCAUGUGCUCGAUUGGUUAUGGUCCUAGGCAGAUAGCUGUUUUCACUAGAGAGUUAGCUGGGGAUGAUGUAUGUGCUAAAAACAGUUUAGCCAGCCCUGGUGAUUUGAAUUAUCCGUCUUUUGCAGUGGUGUUUAAGCCUGGCCGGGAGUUGGUGAAGUACAAGAGAGUUGCGACGAAUGUUGGGAGUGUUGCUGAUGCAGUUUAUGAGGUUAAUGUGGAUGCUCCGGCGGGUGUUGAAAUCAGUUUUGAGCCAAGUAAGCUGGUUUUCAGUGAAGCAAAUCAGACUCAGAGUUAUGAGGUUACAUUUGCCAAAGGUGCUGGGUAUGAAAACGGGGAGAGAUACGGGACGAUUGAGUGGAGCGAUGGAAGUCACCUUGUGAGGAGUCCAGUUGCUGUUAGGUGGAGCAGUACUAGUUCUGGGUAUUCAGCGUCUAUGUGAGUUGUACAGUGGGGAAUGAAGGAUAAUUAUGCUUGGAUUGAGCAUUGGCUUUGCUUUUCUGCAAAUUUAAUUUAGCUGCCCCUUGUGUAAUUAAAAAUGUGGUUUUGGGGAAAGAAUGUGAUCGGUGCAGGCGGUAUUUAUUUGCAUAUGUUGCACUGCUGUAAGGUUGAAGCUUGA